UUAUUUUAUCUUCUGAAUCAGUUGCUAACACAAAAGAAUCUGUCUUCUGGAAAAUUUGCAGAUGUGGUUGUAGCACCUCCUUUUCUGUACAUUGAUCAAGUAAAGAGUUCACUAACUGAUAGGAUCGAGAUUUCUGCUCAGAAUUGUUGGACUGGCAAAGGCGGAGCUUUCACGGGUGAAAUCAGUGUGGAACAGUUGAAAGAUCUUGGCUGCAAGUGGGUCAUUCUUGGGCAUUCUGAGCGGAGACAUAUUAUUGGAGAAAAUGAUGAAUUUAUCGGAAAGAAGGCUGCUUAUGCUUUGAGCCAGAAUGUUGGAGUUAUAGCCUGUAUUGGAGAGCUAUUAGAGGAAAGAGAAGCGGGAAAAACUUUUGAUGUAUGUUUUCAGCAAUUGAAGUCUUUUGCAGAUGCUUUACCAAGUUGGGAUAAUGUUGUCAUUGCAUAUGAGCCUGUAUGGGCUAUUGGAACUGGUAAAGUGGCGACACCUGAGCAGGCUCAGGAGGUGCAUGCAGCUGUUCGUGGUUGGCUUAGUGAGAAUGUCUCAGCGGAAGUUGCUUCUAAAACACGCAUUAUAUAUGGAGGCUCUGCGAAUGGAAACAACUGUUCUGACCUUGCGAAGAAAGAAGAUAUAGAUGGGUUUCUAGUAGGGGGUGCUUCCUUAAAGGGUCCUGAGUUUGCCUCCAUUGUUAAUUCUGUGACAUCCAAGAAGGUAGCUGCUUGAUCAUUUGUCAUGGGUUGUCGUCGUGGAAAAUAAAUGGCUUACAGAAAUACCAGUGCCAGAAGGAUCAGAUGACCAAUUUAAGAGUGAGUUUUGUCUCAUGGAAUUUUGAUAACUUUCCAACUCUUCAUUUGUAACUUACUUCUCAUCCAUCACAUUUAAUAACACACUGGUAGCAAAAUGGUGAGCUUCACGGUGUUUUUAUUAGCAGGGUUGGGUUGUGUUGGA